AUGCUAAUGGAAUCCGUACUUCAUUUGAGCAACAAUGAAAAGAGAUACAAUCCAAUUGUAAAGGCGUUAGAUAGAACGUUUGAAAACGUGUCAGAUCUGCUUAAUAGAGAAGAAAUAUGUCCAUUAUCGGAGUUAGACAUUCCAUCAUAUGCUGCAUUAACGAACAUGUGUCGAAUAAUGACACAAAGGAAAAUUUUUCAAUCAGUACUUUCAGAUAAUAGUAGUACAGAACAAAAUAAAACAAAAAAACUACGACCACUUAAUCAGAGAGAUAUCAUAUUGGAUUUUUGGAAAUAUUGCAUCCAAAAAUUGACAUUAACCAAUAAAUCCUUUAUUGAUCACUUGUUUGUCGUAGAUCCUGGAUACUUUUCGGUGGGAUCUGAUAAUGCCCUUUCAAAUUUAUGGUACAAUGACUACCGUGAAACAAUAAACGCACUGGAUCCAAUAAUAUCAUAUGUCCCAUCUAAUUUUCCCCAAAUUUUGGCAGAUAUUAGGCGGCCGUUCAUAUUUCUCGAAUUUGCAGAAGAAAACCUUGUUAAAAUGGUAAUUAAAACUUCCCCUAAUCCAAAAGAGUUUGCAUUAUCCCUUCUUCCACCUUUGUACCGACUGAAACCAUACAAUAGCAUGAUACAAGAAUCUAGCUUGAUAACUUUACUAUACAAAUAUAACGUGGCGAUUGAAGGUACAUCAUUUAAAUCUCUUCUCCACCAACAUAUACGAUCAUUGGUAAACUCGGUAAUUAAUGAAGAAUCAGAUGAUGCCCAAGCUUUUGUGAAUGGUAUUUUAAUGUUUUCUAAAAAUAUCAUGACUUAUUCAAAGAAAAUUGCCAUUUCGCUAGCAAAAGUAACUGGUGAUAUUUUUGUUGAAUGUGUAUUAAUGAAUAAGGAUAUACUCGAUAUGUCAUUAUACUAUGUCUCUCCAUCGUCCUAUGAUGACUAUACUGAGAUAGGAACAUCAGAAAAUGCUGGCUAUUGGAUUAUCACCCAGGCGUUUUUAUCAUAUGAGAAGAGGAACAGACUAAAUGAAUAUGACGACAUAAUAUCAAGUUUAAUUAAAAAACACUUAAAUGAAUCAUUUAAAACAAACCAUGACAUGUUAUGCCUUCUUAAAAAGGCCGAUAGUCUAUCAAGAGUUGCAAAAUGUCCGUAUAUCCUGUAUAAGAAGAUUAUUGCAACUGAGAUAAAAGAAGUUUUAGGAGGAACAUUGAAAUUCGAGGAAGCCUAUGUGAAACAGAUUGAAUUAUUUAUUCGUAAGUCAUCCAAUUGCGACAUUACUAGAAGGGGAUCUCCAGAGCGUUUAGUAGCAGGAUCCACCCGGUUUUUUUCUACGCCUUCAUUUUUAACACUAUACAUGCGAUCUCUUUUUCGAAGAAUAAUAUUACAGGGACCUGGUAUUAUUAUUUCGUUAACAAAUGAGAGAUAUCCAGAGUCACGAUUACUAGAUCAUUUCAGGGAGGAGUUCGGUAGAUCUACUGAAUUUGAGAAAAUUUCUGAUCUUGUAGAAAAUUUAAGGGUUAAUGAUGAACUAUUUAAAAGAUAUCGGUUAGAGAGUGAAAAAGAUGAGAUAGUUUUUGAACCAUUAGUUUUUGAACGACAAAAGGUUCCCCACUUAUUCUUGGAGAACACGGGCGAAACAGUGGAACUUCCGAAGGGGUUAAGUGCUCGAUGGGAGAGUUUUGUGAAUUUUUAUAAAGAAGAAAAUAAACAUGGUAGUUUACAAAAAUUGUCUCCUGCAUACAACCUACAACAUUGUGAGGUAGACACACCAUAUACGUUACCCAAUGGAGAAAGUCUUACUCUAGAAUUAACCUUGUUCCAGACCUGCGUUUUAUCUCUUUUUAAUGAAAUAUCCAAUUUAACUUUUAAGGAGCUACAGAACCAACUUAAGCUGAGUGUUGCGACUCUUCAAUUAGUCUUAAAAUCAUUUAUCGAUAUCGGCAUUUUAUACUUAGAAGACGAACAGUAUAAUUUACGUGAAACCUUUUCACCUCCGCUUAAAAGGGUAAGGAAUGGAAAACUGCGUGUUCCCCUACCUCGACUAAGAGAGGAUCUGGCAUCGAGGACCAACAGUUCUUCAAGCACAGUAUAUACUAGUCAUACGGAAGGGUUAAGUUCACAGUGGAAGCAAGAGCUAUUAAAAGCGUGCAUAGUUAGGACUUUGAAGCAGGCCUCAGAUGGAUUGAGGUACGAUGCUUUAUUUGAUGAUAUUAAGAAGCAAAUAUCAGGAUUUAGUAUUGGCGAGUUUAAAGAUGCUUUAUAUGAUGUCGUCAAUGAUAAAUUUAUCUCUGUCGUCAAUGACGUCUAUAAUUAUUGA